GCGGCUGCUGCGGCUCCUGGCGCCCGAGGAUUCGGAGCCGCCGAGAGCGUCCUCGGGCCGGCUAUAGGGCUGCGUUUUCUUUUCUCUCUCUCUCUCCCCCCCUCCUCACUUUCGGCCAGUCGGAACAAUUUUGCUUGGCAGAUGGACCCUAAGUAACACUGAAUGUUAACUCUGGAAAUUUCAUAAGCUCUGCAGUGGCUGGGAUGUUGCGACAGAACGGUGGCGGCAACAAGCGUGGUUUAGGAUUAACCAAGCUGUCUACCUCCAAUUUCUUCACCAUCUCUAAUUCAGGAAACUGGGGGAUGGGGCGCAGCACCAAGAGCAGUUCUCUGAGCAGCAUUAGCUCCAACUCUGACUGCUAUGACAGCACUGUUGUGGAUCCAGAGUACAUCAUGCAGUUGGUGAAUGAUGUCAGAAAAUUUGCAGACGUUCUACUUUACUUGAAAGAAGCCAUUUUUUCAGAAGAAAAUCAAGGUUGUCUUCAUCAUGUUGUUCACGAACGUUUGGGCGAGUUACUGCGUGUGCUAAAGGCCAUAAUUAACAAACACCAGAGUCUCAAUUCAGUUGAUAUUCUAAGUGCUGCAGGAACAGUCAUCGCAAAAGUGAAAGCUGUGAACUUCAAGGAAGUUAAUGAAGAAAACAAACGAGAAGUCUUAAGUGAAAUAUUCUCUUCUAUUGAAACAUUGGCAUUCACUUUUGGCAACAUUGUUUCCGACUUCCUUAUGGGAGAUGUGGACAAUGGCUCAGCAUUGGGUCUUCCUGUAUCUCGACAAAGCCAGUCUUUUGAAAACCUUUCUGUGGAUUCUGGAGGAUCACUGCAUGAAAGGGAUGAUGAUCAAGGGACAGGUCAUCUUAGAGCUGAAGAAAUUGAUAAUGUUCUCCGAAGAAAUGAUAAUGGAAUUGAAUCGGCUCUAUCCUAUGCUAAAGCGUGGUCAAAAUAUACGAAGGACAUAGUUGCAUGGGUAGAGAAAAAGCUUAACUUGGAAAUGGAGUGUGCUAAAAGCCUGGCAAAAAUAGCAGAAACGACUAAGGCUAUUGUUGGACCCCAGGAUUACAUGCCAUUCCAGUCAAUAUUCAUAAAUGCAUUUCAAAACGACAUAGAGAACAGUCAGCUUUGGCAACAAACAGCAUCAGCUCUACAAACAAAUAAAUUUGUUCAGCCUCUCCUUGGAAGAAAAAGUGAAUUGGAUAAACAAAGGAAGGAGAUCAAGGACCUCUGGCAACGAGAACAAAAGAAAAUGCAAGAACUGGAAUCUGCUGUAAAAAAAGCAAAGCUAUUAUAUAUUCAGCGGCAAGAUGAAUAUGAAAAAGCAAAAUCAUCAGCUGUUCGUGCUGAGGAGGAGCAUCUGACCUCCAAUGGAGGUACUAUUAAAGAUGCCAGCAAACUAGAGAAGAAACGAAAACUGGAAGAGGAGGCUCUCCAAAAAGUUGAAGAAGCCAAUGAACAUUUCAAAGCCAGCAUGGCUGAAGUUGAAGAAAAAAGAAAUGAUCUAGAAAAUUUCAAAAGUGAUAUUUUAACACAGCUCCGGGAACUAGUUUAUCAGUGUGACCUCACGCUUAAAGCUGCAACAGUUAACCUGUUCCAGAUGCAGCAUGCCCAAGUUGUGUCUCUACCAGUUAACUGUCAAUCCCUCUGUGAGAGUGCCAAGCUGUAUGAUCCAGGACAGAAGUUCUCUGAAUUUGUGAAGAAAUUGCCAAAAGAUGAUGUUCCCAUUGAAUCUGGCUCCUUUGAAAUGCAGAGCUCCCAGGUUGGAGGGGUUUUCAGUAAAAGAGCAAACAAUAUCCGUACAUCACAAGGAAACAAUAUCCAUGCAUCACAAGGAAACCUAUCUCAGUGUUCAGGAGAUUUUCCUACUCAGUCACUAGAAGACAUUGCAAGUCCAAACUGUCAUCGCUCUCAAAAGAUUGGAGAAAAAAGAUCUUCAAGCAGCAUAGAUAUCUCUGCUGUGCGAGGGCCACCGCCUUUCAGAUCAUGGUCAGUUGGUAAUCAAAGUGGAGGAAUGUGCAGUGAUUCUGAAAGUGCAGGAGGAAGCAGUGAAUCACGAUCUGUAGACUCUCCAUCUGCAAGUCCAGGUGACUUUAAAAGAAGGCUUCCCCGAACACCAUCUACCGGUACCAUGUCAUCUGCAGAUGAUCUUGAUGAGAGAGAACCACCCUCACCUUCAGACUGUGGUUUAAACGAUCUAGCAUCCGAAAUUGCCAGCUCACCUGGACCUUUUCGAAACACUCUUCUGUCUAAGGCAGCACAAACACAUAAACUGCGGAAGCUGAGGGCUCCAUCUAAAUGCAGAGAAUGUGAUAGUCUGGUAGUAUUCCAUGGAGCAGAAUGUGAAGAGUGUUCACUUGCCUGUCACAAGAAAUGCUUGGAGACUUUAGCUAUUCAGUGCGGGCACAAAAAGCUUCAUGGAAGACUUCAUCUAUUUGGAGUAGAAUUCACUCAAGCUGCUAAAAAUACCCCGGAUGGCAUCCCCUUCAUCAUAAAAAAGUGCACAUCUGAAAUUGAAAGCAGAGCCCUGAAUGUAAAGGGUAUAUACCGUGUGAAUGGAGCCAAAUCGAGGGUUGAAAAGCUUUGUCAAGCAUUUGAAAAUGGAAAGGACUUGGUGGAAUUAUCUGAACUCUAUGCACAUGAUAUAAGUAAUGUCCUUAAAUUAUAUCUUCGUCAGCUCCCUGAACCUUUGAUUUUGUUUCGGCUUUAUAAUGAAUUCAUUGGGCUUGCAAAAGAGAGCCAAAAUAUUAAUGAGGAAAUGGAUAUGAAAAAAAUGAGCCCCAGAUCAAAAAAAAGGCAAUCAGUAUGUAUUGAACUGAAUAGGAUCAUUCUUAAAAUCAAAGAUCUCCUGAAACUGCUGCCUGCACCGAACUAUAACACACUCCAGUUUCUUUUAGGACAUCUACACAGGGUUUCCGAACAAUCUGAUGAAAAUAAGAUGUCUGCGAGCAACCUUGGCAUUAUAUUUGGUCCAACUCUGAUCAGACCACGUCAGACAGAUGCUACACUUUCUCUCUCUUCACUUGUGGACUAUCCAUAUCAGGCACGGGUGGUGGAGCUCCUCAUUACAUACUAUGAGAAAAUCUUUGACAUUUCACUGCAGCCUCUAUCGGCUGCAUCACGGUCAGAAGACAAUGCUCCUUCUGCUAAAAAUAUUUUAUCAGCGGAAGACAGAGAACCCUGUCAGCAAAGAAAAACACCACCCUGUGGUGUGAAGGAAGUUGCUGUAAAAGAAAGCAUCCAGCUAGUCCAAAAUGAGAGGAAAGAUUCAGAAAUAGGUGUGUUGCUUGACGAACCAGAUGGUAGCAAAGACACCUACAGAAAUUCUGAUGCACUUGUGACAGAAUGUAACUGUGAACGUGGAAUUAAACAGAAUCUUGGAAGGAGAAAUUCUCCUGCUGCAAUUCUGGAAAACCACAGUACACCUACAAAAGAAACAGGCAACACUGUGGCUUCAGUUUUGGUUCAAGACAAUGAGCAAUCUCUCCCUCAAAUUGAAGAUGGUGUUAAAGUUAGUCAAUUAUUAAGACCAAAUCGUCAAAUAGCCAAAGUUCAGUUACGCUCUCAAAGGACAAAGCCAGUUGUUCGUCCUGUGAGUUUACCUCUUGGCCAAAUGCUUCCUCCCUGUGUUUUGAAUGAAAGAAACUCCCGAAGUGCAGGUCGAAAUCCAGAAAAGCUUGGGAAAAGUCCUGUUAUUGAAGAAGUUUCUGAGACUCAAUCACUACCAGCGGUUAAUCCUGGCUGCAGGCUUUCUUGUUAUGAUCCACAGAUUCUGAAAAAAACUUGGGACAAGCAGUAUAAACAGUAUGAUAUGACUGCAAGGACAGCAAUGAUUGUGACUAAUAUACCCCAAGAAAAUCGGACACAAGAGUCUGUCAACACAUGUGCCUUACCUACAUCUAGCGGUCUUGUUAACAAUUCAGUAAAUGCCAUACUUCCCAAUAAGCCAUAUACAGUACCUGUCAGGGCUGCAAGGACAACAGUAGAAGGGCAUUCCCCAGACUCUAAUCCUCUUGCUGCUUUCAGAACACCGAGAACGUUGCAACCACCACCAGGGACAUUUUAUAAACCGCCACCCAACAGUAAGGCCAAACCAAAUGAUGACGGUUCUGCACCCAAACCCUGUGCACCAGUAAUCAAAGAUGAGAUUCCAAAGCUAGUGGCAAACCCUGGGCUUGCCCAAUGCUCCCUGGGAUCCUCUAGCCAGCAUGUAAAACAACAAAAAGCCAGCUCUGAAACCCUUUCCCCAACGGACUUGAAACCCACUUACCAGAGAUUAAGGCCAAAGCGGAUGCAAGAACUGGAACACAGGGAAGCUCACUUUGUAUAGGGCAGUGGAACUUUUCUGGAACUGUUACAGAACUUUUCAAGGGGGACUACUUUUGUAGAGACUUUCACAUUUGUGCCAUAUUGGAAUUAUUUUUAUAUAUACCUGUACAGACUUUUUAAACUAUGGGAUAUAAAAAAAAAAAAGCUGUGAAGAAUAAUGAAGUUAAGUUUUGUUCUGUUUUAAUUCAUUAGAUUUUUCUCAAGAGUAUUUAAAAGCAUUCCAAAUAUAGAACCAGCUAAUAGGAGGUCAAAAAACCCUAUAAACCUAAUUCCAUUUAUGGAAUUGUACUCUUGCUUGUGGAAGCCAACUUAUGUUUGGGUGGAGCAAUGAAAGGAGCUGCUUAUUCAGAAUAAAUGAUUUACUAAGACUGCAGGUUAUGAAAUACAGCUACUUAAUUUAAGAAUAAACCAAAGCUUGAAGCAUGCUCUAAGUGUGUGUAUUCAGUUUUUCCCUACUUUGUGCAAUGAAAUACUCCUGAAUAGAUUGAGCACUGGACAACAUGGCCUUUGUAUAUUGUGUGUGACAGGUAUACAAUACAUUUUAUUUCUGUCCAUUUUUUUUUACAAUUUAUGUUGUCACUUGAGUUACUUGUACAGAAAAGAUGCUUUAUUGCGCUUUACUACAAAAAUAUUUAAAAAGCUUUCUCAUCCAGUUAUCAAGUGGUUUAAAUGCACAAAAGCUAGCUGAUUCAGUUGCCUUUCAGUAAAAAAAGGAUAACUUGUGGAAGUGGUACAGCCAUUCCUAAUUACUAAUAAGCUAGCAUUUCCCCAUUGCUGAGGUUAGCUCCUUUUAUUGCUUGGUGUAGAUGAAGAACAUAGAUCUGAGGCAUGCUGAAAUAGGUAAAAAUAAUCCAAAAGUCAGCAUUUAGUAAGGGCAUCAAGUGAUUUUUCACUUUAUAUGAAAUUGCUUUUAUAUGUACACUGUUUGCUUUAAAAACGUACAUUAAUAUGUUAACAUUUCACUGACUCCAUGUAUUCUACAAAGCCCUUCAUCUUAUUCAAUAUAGAACUGCUUAUACAUUAAUAUAAUAUAUUGUAUAUUAAUACAUUUGUUUCUUGAAAAUUAUUCUGUAUAGAAGGAUUUGUUUUCAUUGAACAUUAAAAUGGUAUUAAUAUUAUGAGGA